UUACAAGCUUCAAACGUAUACAGGGAUCUUCUCAAAUCUGUCAACAAACACAUAGGAAAAGAAGGCUACAAGAAGCAUUUUGGAGAUUAUAUAACACAGGAGUUUAGAGAGAACUGCAAUGUUUUAGACCGAUCUUCUGUUCUGCAAAAACUCAAGCUUGCUCGUGAUUACACUUUCUUAUUCAACAGCGUGCAGCAUCACAAGGGGUUGCGGUUCUCUUACAACCUUGCUGUGGAUAGAUCGGAAGAAAUGAAAAGAAUACUAGGAAAAUCUGCUGCAAGUGUAGGUCUUCAGCUUCCCGAGGCUUAUCAGGCCUGAUGUGUUGAAAAUGCAUUUCUCCGGCUGCUGGACAAAAAUCUCGAUCACAUCAAAGUCGGCUGGUCAUGUGGCAACAUAGACGGUUCAUAACUUAAGAUUGAUUUUAUGCCAGUACUUUAUUAUUAGCUCCCUUUGAGAUUUUGCCAGAAUGACAUCGAAAAUAAUUCUUUUGAUGUUCGAAGUCAAACUAAACAGCAGCCUUUGAGAUUCAUAGGGACGAAGUUCAUGCAGCUAAUUGAGUUAUAGUAUUCAGACCUGGAUAUGCUAUCUUGGUCGAAUUCAUGAGCAAAGAGCUGAGCUGCCACCAUAUUAGGCACAAUUUCAGUAUAGUAUCCUGCUCUUUUCACGUGUUGGCAGUAGUAUCAAAUUGAUACUAUCAAUAGAAUCCAGGCCUUGUGUGAACCAGAUCCGAGAUCCAGUUUCUUAGUACAAGUCAAAAGAAACACUACAAGUUAGCUAAGACUAGACACCUGUGCAAACUUUCACAUACGUGGCACCCUGGAUCUCUCCGCACGCGACACCAUUUUUUUCUUGUUUUGUCUUGUUUCUCCUGCUUCUUCUUUAUUAGCUAGAAGUUAUCAGUAGAUAGAAUUAGGUGCCAGUCAGGAUAUUCAACACCACCACCAUCACCAGCAACAACAGUAUGGGUUCAGCGACAUUCCUAGAAGUGAUACUGGCCAUUAUCCUACCACCUGUUGGGGUCUUCCUGCGUUAUGGCUGUGGAGUGGAGUUCUGGAUAUGUUUGCUGUUGACCAUAUUGGGAUACCUUCCAGGGAUAAUAUAUGCCAUUUAUGUAUUAGUUGGAUAGUGUGUAGAUCUCUCUUGAUGAGGUUUGAUAUUUGAAUGUUCACAGACAAUUCAGUUUGCCAGUCUUAUUUUUCUUAUUAUUAUUGAUCAGUUGUUUUCUCUUCUCGUAA